UCCUGCUUUGCUUGCUGCUUCGUCUACUUCUCCAACUUCACCCCCGAAAACUCCUCAAACUAAUAUCUGCGACGCACGCACCCACACGGCCAUGGCCGCAGUCCCUCUUCUCCCAAACCCUAGGUAGCACCAGUGCCCGCACGGCUCACAACUUCCGGAAACUCCAGCCCCGCGCCGAUCCGAGCUCCCGCCACCAGGCUUCUGGGGGUGAAAGAGCGUAUUUUUAGCCUUUUUUACGGCUGUGCUUGGUGAAGCUCCCGAGCUUUGGUGGAUUGUUUCUGGGGGAGGGCUGGAUGGAGCCGCGGGUUGGGAACAAGUUCCGGCUCGGCCGCAAGAUCGGGAGCGGCUCCUUCGGGGAGAUCUAUCUCGGGACUAAUAUCCAGACGAACGAGGAGGUCGCGAUUAAGCUGGAAAAUGUGAAGACAAAACAUCCUCAGUUGCUAUAUGAAUCAAAGAUCUACAGGAUUUUGCAAGGAGGAACUGGAAUCCCAAAUGUCAGAUGGUUUGGUGUAGAAGGAGACUACAACGUCUUGGUUAUGGAUUUGCUAGGGCCAAGCCUCGAGGAUCUAUUUAAUUUUUGCAGCAGAAAGUUAUCUCUUAAGACUGUACUUAUGCUUGCUGAUCAGAUGAUAAACCGAGUGGAAUUUGUCCAUUCCAAGUCGUUUCUGCAUCGAGACAUUAAACCAGAUAAUUUUCUAAUGGGUCUUGGUAGGCGAGCUAACCAGGUCUAUGUUAUUGACUUUGGUCUUGCCAAAAAGUACAGAGAUACCUCAACACAUCAACACAUCCCAUACAGGGAGAAUAAAAACUUGACUGGGACAGCAAGAUAUGCAAGUGUGAACACUCAUCUUGGCAUCGAACAAAGCCGAAGAGAUGACUUGGAAUCUCUUGGAUAUGUACUUAUGUACUUCUUACGAGGAAGCCUUCCUUGGCAAGGUCUGAAAGCAGGAACAAAGAAGCAAAAGUAUGAGAAGAUCAGUGAGAAAAAAUGUGCGACAUCGAUUGAGGCUCUAUGUCGUGGGUAUCCUACUGAGUUCACAUCGUAUUUUCAUUAUUGCCGCUCGCUUCGGUUUGAUGACAAGCCUGAUUAUUCCUACCUUAAGCGACUGUUCCGUGACCUAUUUAUCCGUGAAGGUUUUCAGUUUGACUAUGUAUUUGAUUGGACGAUACUUAAGUACCAGCAAUCUCAAAUUGCCAGUGCUCCACCUCGUGUUGGGGGCCAUGCGGCGGGACCUUCUGGUUUGACACCACCUGCAUUAUUACAGAAUGAUAGCCAAUCUGGUGCCGUUGAUGGGAGGAUUAGUGGUUGGUCAGCAAUGGACCGACGCCGUGCCCCGCCCCCAAUUGCAAGUGUGGGGACUUUGACUAAGCAGAAAGCCCCUGUAGGAAAUGAUGCUCCUAUAUCUAAAGAUCCCGCUAUAUCCGGUUCAAAUUUUUUGGGACGGUCAAGUGGAUCGUCAAGGAGGGCUGCUGUUUCCAGCAGUCGGGAUGUUGUGGCAAGUGAUACUUAUGAGCCUUCACGAUCACGCACAACUGAUGCUAGCCCUGGGGCAUUUCGUAGAACCUCAGGUCCUCAGAGAAGCCCACCAGUCGAUUCUGCAGAACCCAAGCGUUCCUCUUCAGCUCGGCACUCAUCUAACACGAAGAACUAUGAAUCUGCUCUCAAAGGUAUUGAAGGUCUUAAUUUUGAGGGUGAUGAGAGGGUUUAGUACUAGCACUGGAGGAAUUCUACUUCUACAUGUGCUCUGUACAAAUCAUAAUCUGAAGAUAAGCACAGCAUUUCCUGUUGAGUUUUGGAUCACAGGAGAUGUUAGGAGCAGGAUGUGUGGGGCUUUUGCCAGAUGAUGGUCCUCCUGGACAUGGUAAAUAAGUGAUCAUCCCGAGGCGCAUGGAAUUUAGGUCUCAUAAUUAAUGUGAUGGUUCUGUAAAUGUCAUUAUAGUUUGUCUGGCGCCUCUUGAGCUCAUCAGUUUGUUGUAUUAUUUAUAUUCCUUCCACUGCACCUUGUCCAGUUGCUGUCUUGGGACAGCCAAGCACAGCUGGUUAAACUUGGUAUUUGGAAAACUCGAACAUGUAGAAUUCUUUUCAUCAGUUCCAAGGAACAAAUUUGCCUGAUAAAAUUACCUGAAGAACGGUGUACAGUAUUUUUUGAUC